AUGGUACAUCGCAGAAGGGUAUGCCAUCGCUCAGCGGUGAGAGUUUACUUUUGACUGUUAUCGUUGCAUGCUUUGUGCUCGAAAGCAUGUAAUACAAUACGAAUUACGGUAUUUUUUAUAAUUUACCAACGUUUGUGACAGAAGAUACUAAAUGUUCGAGUGUUAGCCACGAAUUGCAAAACAAGGGAAUGGAGUAUAGACGAAGUGUAACAAAUUCUUAAAUGAGAAGUUUCGAUUUAAUCAUGAAUAAUUCGGGUUGCGCAUCAUGUAUACUCGAACCUCCGCCCGACAUUCUUCACAUACCACCACCACCCUUCCCGGCUAUUCUGCAGCAAAGUUCCGACUUUUAUCCACGCACGGAUCUACUGUCGUUUCCACCGCAUCUCAACGACAGCCCAUGCAAGCAUUUCUGCGAUCGUCGUUCCGAAGGAGUGCAGUACAUAGAGAUGCCACAGCAAGGCGACACGUGGCUGCCAGUGUUAAUAUCAUCCUGCGUCGGUGUGAUUUUCAUAGGCAUAAUACUAGCGACGUUACUCUUGAAAUGCAAAUUUAAUAGAAGUGGUAAGAACGGUGUGAUUUCCAUGCCGAACACAGCAUCCGGUAUGCAAACGAAAAAUGGAAGGAUUCAAAACGAAGCUGUUCUGUACCCUUGCGCAACCGACAACAUGCAAGAUAGUCGUGUUAUGUGGGCUACUCUAACGCCACGCGGAACUACCAGACACUAUUUAGAGGAGCAUACAUAUGAAACGAUCGGCGGUGGACAAUUCCACAAGCGUGCCUGUUCAACUACGCCAACUGAACAUGUAAAACUUAAGACUUAUGCGGAUCCGCCAAUUACGAGCCCGAUUCAAAAUCGGCCGAAGGACGAUGAAGCGUUUGAUAACACGGCGUUUGUAGAUUACGAAGAGCCGCUAUCAAUAAAGACUGACUACUAUCAACUCAAUGAUGCUUUGGAACCAAACGAUUUAGGUAUACUUUCAAUACAACAGAGAGGAACGUUACGUCCACGCGUCAGUUCGCCAACAAGAAUCGAACAUCCAAACUUACCACCGCUUAAUCUUCAUCCGCAUAAACGUUCCUUUCGUAAAGGUUCAGCUACGCUACAGGCAUCCGAUACAUUGCUUAGACGCAGUAGUAUUACAUCGUCCACGUACAUUCCUACUAUAUAAACAGAUCAUCCGAUUCCUGUUAUAUUCAAACCCUUACGCAAUAAGAAUCAUAAACUACACUACGUUUUCAAUCUGUUGUCUUUACACUCACUUUCUCUAAGUACAUAAUAAUUGUGUAUAAGUUAAAUAAAGCGACAUAGUUAUUGAAACGUA